UUUUUGCUUCGGUUUUCUUCUGUUGGUUGGUGACCUCUCGAGACAUACGUAGCAGCAGCAGCAGCGCACUGUUGGAGUAAAAAUUGAUUUUUGUUUUUGCGGGUUUCAACUUGGCGGACGGUGGAAACAAAUUACCCUGCAUCAAAUUACAGCUUCAAUUUCAAGUGUAAUCAAAUUGUAUGAAAACCAAUUCAAAUUUAUUCUCUGCCUCCGAGUGUGAAUUUUCAUGUAAUAAAAAGUGUUCGUGAACAACAGCAGUUAAAAUUGAGCGAUUUUACCGAAAUUCGAGUUUUCUGUGCUCCCCAAAUACAAUGGCGAAAUAAAUCAGCCGGAAGCCGAAUUGGUAGUGUGAAUUUGUGAAUGAUUCUGGAAACGGCGUCCGUCAUUAUCGUUCAUCUCCUGGCGAUUGGAUUAUUAAAAGUGCCGUGUCGUGAAAUCAUUAAUAACUCCGGAUUAGCAUAAAAAUUGGAACGCAAAACAACCCGUCAUCCAAAUCAGCUAGCGGCAGGCACCGAGUGUUGUAAGGGAGGCGAAAGAGAAAUCCAUCAGAUUUGUGUGCCGCAUGUGAAAGAGGAUAUUAAAAGUGUGUGAAUUGUGGUGUUGUUUGGUGACUAUUGUUCUAAUCCGGGAAAUACCGACGGAUGAAUAAAUUUCUCUUUCUCGGGCGGCAAGCAUAGAGCACAUAGCACGGCGGAUACGAAGAGUGUACCUUCACCAAAGGUGGCAAGAUGUCAGACGACGAUAAGGAAUCCUCGGUUCGGGUUGCCGUCAGAAUCCGGCCACAGAUACCGCGCGAGCUGAUAGACAUGUGCCGGGUGUGCACCCAGGUCACACCCGGUGAACCCCAGGUCUACCUGGGCUCCGAUAAGGCCUUCACCUUCGAUUAUGUGUUCGACGUAAACGCAACACAGGUUUCCGUAUACGCCAGCUGUGUCGAGAAAUUGGUGGAAGGCGCACUGAAAGGUUACAAUGCAACGGUGCUGGCCUACGGACAGACUGGUUCGGGCAAAACCUACACAAUGGGAACCGGCUUCGAGCGGGAGAUUCCGGAACUGCAAGAGGGUAUAAUCCCACGUGCCGUUCGGCAUCUCUUCGAGGGCAUUGCACAGCUGCAGGAAAGUCCCUACGACGAGGACGGGGUCUAUCUGGGAUCGUUGCAGUUCAGCGUGGCGGCACAGUUUAUGGAACUGUACAACGAGGAAAUCAUCGACCUGCUCGAUCCCUACAGUAAGGGCCGCCUUUUCAAAAUCCACGAGGACGCCAGUGGGGGUAUAUCGGUAGCCGGUGCUACCAUCCAGCCCCUCACCGGACCACAAGAUGCGCUUCGGUGUCUACAGCAGGGUGCACUGGCCCGGACAACCGCCUCCACCCAGAUGAACGAACAAUCGUCCCGCAGUCAUGCUCUCUUCACAAUCCUCAUCCGACGGCAGCGGGUAAUGAGUGCCGAGGAAAGUGGCAACCCGGAAGGGGACCUGGAAACGCUCACAUCCAAAUUUCACUUUGUGGACUUGGCCGGUUCGGAGCGGCUCAAACGAACCGGCGCUACCGGAGAAAGAGCCCGCGAAGGAAUCUCAAUCAACUGUGGCCUGCUGGCGCUCGGUAAUGUGAUAUCCGCCCUCGGUGACCAAUCCAAAAAGGUCUCGCAUGUUCCCUAUCGGGACUCUAAACUAACGCGACUACUGCAGGAUUCGUUGGGAGGAAACAGCCAAACGAUCAUGAUUGCCUGUGUGUCGCCGAGCGAUCGUGACUUCAUGGAGACGCUCAACACGCUCAAGUACGCCAACCGGGCGCGCAACAUCAAAAACAAAGUACAAAUCAAUCAGGACCAGAGUUCGCGUACGAUCUCACAGCUGAGGCGUGAAAUUGCUGCGCUACAGCUGGAGCUGGUUGAGUACAAGCAGGGCAAACGCAGUGUCGACGCCGAAGGCAAUGCCGCCAUCUCCGACACCUACCUGGAGAACGCCAUGCUUAUGCAGGACAACAAGCGCCUGCAGCAGCGUCUCAAAGCCAUGCAGGAAACCAUCAACACCCUCACGGAUAAGAAUGCCACUCUGCAGGCGCAGCAAGCCCUGUUCGGGUGGUCCUCGGGCAGCACCGGCGAGGGAAGCGUCGAUCAGGGUGAAGAUGGUGGUGGUGGCGGCGGUGAAAGCGCACUGCAGCAGCUGGUCGCUGGUUACAUUAGUGAGAUUGAGAAGCUGAAAGCGAAGCUGAUCGAGUCCGAGCAGAUGUUCCAGCAACUGAAGAAGGCUCAGAUCAAUACCUCGAAGCUGGCACUGAAGAGUAACUACUCGUUCAUUGAGGACUCGACGGAAACUGUUAUCAAUAUGGCUAAGCGGGAGCUUGAGAAGGAGCGGGAAUUGUUGAUGUCCCGAUCGUUGCCUGGGUUGGAGAAUGACAGCAGUAACCAAAGUUUGGAGGAUGGAUCGGAUUCCGAUUCGGAUACGGAGUCGGACGAUAAAACCGGGGAGUUGCAAGCGGAGAUCAACGACAUCAGUUCGGAUAUUGAGAUAAAAUCGAAGUUGAUUGAACAGUUGGAGCUUUCACAACAGCGUAUGCAGGUCAUGCGACAGCAAUAUGAAGACAAGUUGCAUGUGCUGAAUGCGAAGAUUGUCAAUACGCAGAAGGAGCGUGAUCAGGUGCUGGCGAAUAUGAGUGGAUCGGGAAUAGUGGUAGGAAGCGCACAAAAUGACAGGAUAAGAAAGGUGAAGGAAGAGUACGAGCGGAAGUUGUCGGAGAUGCAGAAGGAGUUGAAAAAGUUGCAGAUGGCACAAAGAGAGCACAUGAGACAGCAGCGGGAACUUCAGGCACAAGAUGCACAGCUGAAGACGCUGCGUGGAGAAUUGAGCGAGCUGAAGCAAAUUAAGAUUCGACUGAUGAAGAAGAUACACGAAGAGAACAAUAGGCACAAGGAGUUGGAGAGCAGGAAGACUCGCGAAAUUGCACAACUGAGAAAGGAGAGCAGAAAGCAAGUCAAUAUGAUCAAAUCACUUCAAGCUCAGGGAGCGGCGAAGGAUCAAGUUUUAAAGAGAAAAACGGAAGAAGUUUCCAACUUGAGGAAGACCCAGCGUGGAAUGAUGAGUAUGAAGGCAGCUGGACGAUUCCCGGUUAAGAAAUCAGUUGCCGCACAAAAUACGAAGAAUCUCAAAGCCAAAUGGGAUUCUCUGCAAAGAACUAUAACCAGAGCGGCGAGAAGCAGACAGGCAGUGCUGGAACUGGAACGAGAACUAGAACGGUUAUUGCAGGAACGGGAUGGUUUGAGCCGUGAUCUGUCGAAUAUCCGCACUAGACAGCGACAUUCGGAUACGGCAGAACUGAUAUCCGAAGAAGAUACGAUAAUGGCUAACAUGAACUACAUUCAGGAGAACAUCACACAGAUUCAGCAUUCCAUAAUGGAACUGGAGGAAGGCAAAGAAUCGGCUGCGGAGCAGCAGCAGCUAUCAAACAUUCUGGAGAACAUUCGUACCGUCGAGGAGGCUAAGUUUAUUCUGGAGAAGUUGUGCGGCACAUCCGUUGCACAGGUUUGCGAUGCUGCUCUGACGCAAACCCGACUAAAGGAACGGGAAGCAUUGCUGAACGAAGUUCAGCAGGACAGCAGCAUACAACAACAGCUGUUGCAGCACAUUCUGGCGAGAACCCCUGCGGCAACAUUAUCCGACACCAGCUUCAGUUCGGGCCAAUCGCACGGGCAUUCGAAUGUGGUGAACACGAUGCUGCAUGCCGCCGCAUUGUCCAACGGAAUCUCAGCCGCCUAUGAGGACCGGUCGGAGGUUACGGAACCCUACGUUAUCAACUCCAUCACUCGAAGUCCGUCGCCUAGUAGCAGUGCGGAAUUCGAUAACGAUAACAUUGUCACCUACAGAAACUCCUCCAAGCUAAGACGAAGACCCACUGUCUCUGCUGGUCAGGAUUCGUUACCGUACGGGGCCGGGCCGGAAGUAUCCGGAUCCCCAACGGCUCCCGGUAGCAAGCUUGAAAAAGUGGGUAUUUGUAUUUAUCUUGAGGAUUCGGCAGAUGACGAUGACACGAUGAAACGUUCUCCGCAGGAUGAGAAUGGUGGUGGCGCGUACAGUGGGAUGACGGGUGGAAUGACCCGUUCCUACACCGCAGCCUCGUCCAGUGACGCACCGCCUCCGCAUCUUCCGGUGGUGCAGAGCAAUAGUACCGCUGCGGUAGCAGGGAGGACCUUCGUUCCGUUGUCACGAGUACCUAGCGCACCAGGGUCCUUGAAAGGCCUCCAACCAGUGCCAAAUAUAUCGCGCCAAAACAGUACCGCAUCGCCCCUGUUGGCUCGGAAGUCGUUCGAACCGAGCACGGUUGCGCCGCCUUCGCCACGAAUUUCGAGGAGACCGUUCCCCAGCAAAGCUUCGCCGGGCAUUGAGGAUUCCAACGAUGUUCCUACUUCGCCACCGGUGUACCGGCGGGGAACCUCACGGGAGGACACCGGAGGGGACGUGUUUUCGCGACUGGGCGCCGGCACGCAGGAUCCUUCGCCCGGUGGCCACAUCAAGGAGUACAUGGGAAAGUUGAAGGCUGGUUCUCCACUGAUCUGUACUCACAUCGUCGAAGGCCACAGCAAUUCCGUUCUGUCCAUCAAGGUGUCCAAUCAGACGCUCUUCACAGCGGCGGCUGAUCGUACCGUCAAAGUGUGGGACCUGCGCAGCGGUUCGACGCCCCACUGCUUAACGGGCCACCUGGGACCAGUCGCUGCGGUCGAGUGCGACCCAACAAACAAUCUUCUCUUUUCCGCAUCGGGGGCCUUCAUGAAAGUUUGGGACCUCAGGGAUAGUAACAUCCGGCCAAUCAUAACCUUAUGUUCCUCAGGAUCGGUUCUUCCGGCGAAUGCAUCGCUUUCGGACCUGAUUCCCGGCGAGUGUUCCAUCACGGCGCUCAAACUCGGUGCUUCCGGGAAGCUGUACACCGCAGCGUCGGAUAAAGUCCGUAUAUGGGAUCUGCGGACAUUUUCGUGCCUCGGGAGGCUCUCCGGUGGUCAUCAGGCGGCUGUUAUGUGUCUUACCGCCUGGGAGGGUCCCAACAAUACUGACCUGGUGGCAACCGGUUCCAAAGACCACUACGUCAAGGUGUUCGAGGUCAAUGCCAGCGGCGGUAAUGUCCCGCCGUUGCUCAACCUGGAACCUCCCCAUUACGACGGGGUGCAGGCCCUUGCGGUGGCAAAAGAUGCCACCGGAGUCGACGCGGAGCUGUUUUCCGGGAGUCGAGACUCCGGCAUUAAAAGGUGGGACCUACGCACCGGAGAGCUCAAACAGUCGCUCAACAACGCCCACAAAGGCUGGGUGUCCGGAAUGGCCAUCUAUGGGGACAUUCUGCUGUCUAGCUGUCGUGGUGGCGUUAUUCGCCUAUGGAAUGUUAAAAAUUGUGAUAGCCUAGCCGAGAUGAAGACCGACCAGUCAAUUAACGACAUUGUGACCAGCGACAACCGGGUCUUCACGGCGUCCAAUACCGGUGGAGUUCGAAUUUGGCGUUUGGCUAAUACAGAACUGGAAUCGUUGGGAGCUGGUUCUGUGUCUGGUGGUGGCAGUGGUACUAACUCGGGUGGCAGCAAACUAAAGCGUUAAUUAGAGUUAAUCAAAACAGCAAUCAGCCAUUAUUGGUUAAAACGCCUAUUUUACUAACAAUUACACUAAAUCAAGCGCAAAAGUUACGCAAACGCUACUAAACUUUCAAAAUCUGACACCAUCAACAGAUAAACUAAAAAAACUAGGAGAAGCUUUCUGCUAACAAGGUUUUAAUUCACACUAGAAUAGCUUUCUUCUCGUAGCCGAAGUAGGUUUUCAAACUAGUUAUUUACCUAUGAUACGAAUAAUGCAAUUGGCAUCCCCUGUGAGGGGAUUAAGUCUGAAUAGGAUUUUCAAAAUAUGACCGGCUUUUUUGUUCUGGACGUCAACAGAUUUCGCUUUUCACAUUCAAAACUAGUCGGGUUUUUUUAUGAAUAUGACAGGUAAGCGAUCAAGGAAAGGCUCUCUCAAUGUGCUGGAUAGCUUGUUUCAAUGCAACGUUUCAGGUUUACAAAUCUCGUAGUUUCAAUCGUUUUCUGAUGGCAACAUAUAAAUCAUGAGGUAUACUAAACUGAAAGCACUUGGUCUACCAGACAACUUUGCCGAAGACACUAUCUUUCUAUGUAAUCAGGAUUCCUGAAACUAGCAUAACCUAGUGACGGAAUUCCAAAUCAAAUGACAAAUGAAUCUUCAUCCGUAAAGUCUUGAUCUAUCGAAAACCUUUGUUGAAGACUCAAUUUUUCUAAAUAAUCAAGAUCCUAUGAUAUGAGUUC